UAACGCUCAUUUUGCUUUCUUCUUUCCUGAACUCAAACUUGAUUCUCUUCUUACACAAACAAACAAACAGUUAUAAAGUUCGAAAGUGAAAGGGGUUACCAAUGGCGGCAGCAAUCGGAUGGUACGGACCUUUAAUCAAUCUAUCUGCCGCCGCUUCUCACUUGGGCGACUACGUCCAGUUACUCGUCUUCGUUCACCGCUCUACUCCCAUUCAGUAUAAGUUGCCCAAAGGAGGUGAAGUUAUUAGAACCGACAUUCAGGUUGGAGAUGAUACCCGACCCAUUUUCCCUGUCUCCAUAUGGAGAAAGCAAAUGGCACAUACUGUACAAUCGGGCUCUAUCAUUUUGUUGGAAAAUCUUAGGAUUACAAAAUUUGGAGAUACUAUUGAAGCCAGGACAGUUCAAUACUCAUCUCUAAGAUGUUUAUUCUCCAAUAUCGAAUCUUUUGGAAGUAAAGGUGUUGAUGAUAUGGUAAAGGAUUGUCGAGUAGGGCUAUGCACAAAAGAAAAGCUUAAGAAAGUAGUCGAAUGGGUUCAGCGAAAAGGCUAUACACUAAUUCGAUCUGUAAAAUCUUACACCCACAAAGAGGGCAUACAACAACCAGCAAACUGGAAAGUGCUUGAAGAAAGAGAAUCCCAAGACUUCUUAUCACUUCUUGAAGUGUCUCUUCUAACUAAUUCCUGUGAAGCUAAAUUUUAUGCAUCUGUUGGAGACAUAUUUUUGCCUCUUACCUCAAAAAAUAGUUGUGAAUUUGAGGAUGACAGGAUGUUCAUCAGAAGGAGAUUAUUUACAUGUAAAGUUGAAGAAUUAGCCGAAGAUCUCAUUUGCACUGGUUGUAAACUUUGUGGGUUUCCUUUGAACUGUGAGAUGGGGUCUAUGCUUCUUGAACUAAACACCAUCCCUCUUUAUUGUCCCAAAAGCUCCAAUCAUGUUCACCAAAUAAGUUCAAUAUAUAGACCUUUUGUGUUAUAUGUAUGGGAUGAUUCGAGCUAUAUACCACUUCUUGUGAGAAACAAGGCUGCUCAAUUUCUAUUUGGAAAUAUCGAGGCUGAGGCAGUCAAGUCAUCUUGUAGGAGUCAACAAUGUAUUCAUACAGACAAUCCGAAGUGUAAGCUCAUUAACAAUGAUUCAGACAAUUACACUAGAAACAGUACCCGGCUGGAAGUUGGUGAAAAAAGGCUAAAAGGAAAGGGACUGCUAUCAAUUUGGUUAAUACUCCUGAAAGUGCUGUUGGAACAAGAGAAGGGGAAGAAUAGUCCUAUAAGGUUUAAAGUUGCUAUUGAUGUCGAAAAGGAUCACACAAAGGGGAGAUUUGAGCUGACCGACAUUAGUUUGAGGUGUGGAAAACAGUGA